AUGUUGAAAUCCUUAUACGAAGUUGAUAGAAAGUCAAAGAAAUGGUGGCUGCGAAUAGUUUGGCACUUUCUUGAUGUUUGCGUGACAAACGCUUUUAUCAUUUACAAACAAAGUAGCAGUGCAAACAAUCUAUCGCUAAAAAAAUUCAGACUUGCGCUCGUGGAUGGAUUGAUUGGUGAAAGUGUUCCUACGAAAAAAGGCAGGAAACAUUCUUCCGUUGACUGUGCUCAGACAUGUAAGCCACAGGUGUCCCUUGAAAAGAGACAUGCUUCUGCGGCUCACAUGCCUCAAAUGAUCGAGGAAAAGAAAUCGAGACGUUGCACUCAUUGCUCAACUAAAAUCAAUCGAAGAGUCACAAAAUGGAAAUGUAGCACCUGCAAUGUACCUUUGUGUCUCUUACUCGAUCGCAAUUGUUUCGCAGAAUACCACGCUUGA